GAAGAAGAAGAAGAAGAAGAAGCAGGAAGCGCAGUAUACUGUUGGCUGUUGAGGAAAGUAAACUAUGGCAGAUGACAAGAAUCCUUUGGGCCAGCUUAAGGAUUUGGUGGAGCUGAAGGACCAGCUGGAGGACAUACAGAGACGAGUGGAAGAUGAGAUACAGGCUGGGGUUCCUCCGGGAGGCAGUCUGCUGGCUUCUCCUUUCUUGAAGGGCUUUCUGGCCGGGUACAUCGUUGCUAGGCUACGCUCUUCAGCAUUACUGGGUGUUGCAGUAGGGACAUGCACAGGAAUCUAUGCAGCACAAAAUUACGCGGUUCCCAACAUUGAAAACACUGUUAAAGACUACAUACGUAGCCUGAAAGAAGGACGAAAAUAAAAUUUGAUAAAAUUAAGAAUAACAAAAGAGAAAAAACAAAAUAGUCAUCUACAAAAACAGGGAGUGACACAGGAGCAGAUGUGUAUUAAAAAAAAAGAGGAUCAUUCUUAUAUAUUGAUACAACUGAACAUGGUUUAUUUAUUUCAGUGUCAUGCACAGAGCGUGCCCAGCCCAAUGGGCUUACAAGGCACUAUACAUUAUAAAUCAAAACAAUUCCAAGAUGGUUAAAUGCACGUUUAGACCCAAAUCCCACCAUUAUAGAUUAUAAUUGCUGAUAAAGUUGGUAUCUGAACCCAAGCCUGUCACUAUAACACACACUGCCUGAAAUUUUAUUGACAAUAAAGCCAAUUGGUAUUCACAUGACAAGCAUGUUGAGUUGAGCUUUUAAAAAGAGGUUCACUAGAGAUAAAAAAAAAAACAAGUCUAUCAUGACAUUAAAAGAAGGCAUAGAAUGACCUCAUUUUACAUUGUGUCUCUGCAGAGUACCUCCACUCUAAGAUUACAGAUGGGAAAUUCUACAGUCUGUUCAAAACUAAGGUUUAGUAUUCCUGUAUUUGUAGAUGUUUUGUGUAUUCCACACAAUGCACUCCUGAACUAGGUCAUCCAAACUUAUUUAAAGGUGUUUAUUUAAAGGUGCAGCUUUAUUGCACCCAGUACUUUCAACAGGGAAAUGUGUUUUAUGUUAUACACACACACACAUAUAUAUAUAUAUAUAUAUAUAUAUAUAUAUAACAGUGCCUACUCGGGUUGUGACUUGAUGUUAUCAUCUCGUGCCAUGUGUGCAAUAGCCUCUUCCUGAUAAGAUUUGGCUGCCUAUUUUUACAUGCUGGAAAGUAAUUGAUCUUUUGCACUUUUUCCUCAUUAAAAUAUGGUGCUUGUAUCCAUUUUUGUUGUUUGUUUAGCCGUUGUACGAAAGAUGGAUGUAGCCAUGGUAGCAUCAUCCAGUGGUCUGUCAUUUGUUUUUCAACAUCUGGGGUUUAUUCAACAAAAUUACUCUGACAAUACACUCCUUACACACCCUGCUUUUAUGCUUUAUUUUAUUUUAAAUGAGACCAUGAUUUAGAAAUUUUAAUUAUUUGAAAACUAUCUUUUGAAAUGUUGAAAUAGUAUAAUGAAAUUUUCUCAGACUUCCCUUUCAUUUAGUUUAGCAAGUUGGAGAAGUCUGCCCCUGCUGGCCAGUUAAUAUAAUUUUUCUUCCUUCAUGUAGGCUACAUCCAUCUAUUAUCCACAAUCUGUGGUUGUAUUAUGGUUUCUCUUUGUUUAGAAAUUUAAAUUGAAAUGGAUGAAUGUAAUUAUUCCCAAAAGUAUAACACUGAUACUGCAGAAACGGCAAAAACUACAUUUAAAAUACCUGAAAACACCAGUAGCAAACAAGUAGAGACAAGGCAAUGUUUGACCUUUAUUUUACUUGGGUAGUAUUUCACAUAAGUGGAUAACCUAAAAAAAGUGGAAAAUACAGGCCUAAAUUUAGUAUAUAUACACACUAACCUGCAUUUAGUGUUUCUCUAAUUUGAACCCACUAUUGUUUUGAAUGAGUAAUAACACUAUAUAAUGAAUAAUUAUCUUCUGAAUCAUGCUUGGCUAAGGAAUAUAAGUCCAAAGAAACUCUAAGCUGGUUUCCUCAUGAUCGUACGUAAGCUGCUGUUCUGAUCCUUGUUGGUGCCUGAAACUAAUAUAGUUUAUGUAAACUAUUUGGUCUGUUAGGUACAAGAUAAAUAAGCCAUAAACGAGAAAUGAUAUUUUUAAUUUUGUGCUCAUUGAAUAUCUAUCUUUGACUUGAACUGUGUAUCAGAAGAAUAUUUGUACCGUGACUGGAAAAAAAAGGUGCCUAUUGACAAUGAUUUUGUUGUUUGUCUUUGUAUUGCAUGAUGUUUCCCUCUUUUUUUUAAAAGCAUUUACUUCUUGUAUAUAAAGGUUAUGAUGAGUCUGUUGACACCUUUGUUUUCUUUCAUUGGUGUCUGUACAGAAAUGUUUGAAAAAUCACUGUGGUAUUAUGAUGAAAGAAAACAACCAAGCAGUCUGUUAAAGGUUUAUUUGGGUUGUUCUAAUAAAUGAGGAAAAUACAGUUUUUGUGUCAUUUGUACCAAAUUAAUAAUUGUGUCCUGGUGUAUCAGUACAUUUGUAGAAGUAUUUUCCUUAUAACUAAUACAUUAAGUACACACAACAAAUGCAGACAAAGCACAAAAAGAAAUUCUUAUCCUUUAAUUGCCAUUUUGAAUACUAAUCACAGUCAAAAUGCCCUGCAUCUAACAUUAGUUG